AUGUACCCGAAACUCGGCCGGGCUCGCGGCGCGGCCGCCUUCUGUGCGAGGCGUCGACGCCUCGGCCUCCUUCUCGGCCUUGCAGUCGCCGCGCUUUCCUUCCUUUUCUCCGAGAAGGACGCCGUCUUCGCGGUUAACGCCAAAAUGACGCUCGUUCCAGCCUUUGACCUCUCCACGAUCAGAGUUUCGAAGGAAGACGGCCUCCAUCACGUGCUCAGCAACCCGUUCGGGAAGACGUACAUCUACCGCGCAGAGCGGCGGGAAGACAGAUCCGCGUCGCGAACCAAGCGAAAUCGGGAACGGGAAAACGGGCGCUGCGCGAUCCUUUUCUUCAUUCCCGGCAAGCGCCUGGCCACGCCCAGUGCCGUGGUCGGACAGGGCGACGAGCCGAUCGUCUGGGACUGGGCUUGGCAGUGGAAAUAUCACAAAAUGGGCUUUGAACUCGAGGACCAGGUCGACAAAGUCGUGGUGGCGGCACCCCAGCUGACUGUCUCGAAUGAGUCACUUCGGGAAGAUGCCGUGGACGUGGGUGAACAAAUGAUGAGUGUUCUCGAACAGGCGGCGAUGGACUACAGCUGCAACUUCUACAGAGUGUACAUUCACGCCGUGUCCCACGGAGGCCUCAUCGUGAGGACUCUCAUGACCAUGGACGACCGGAUCUGGACACCCACGCAUCGCGCGGGCGGCGUGUCCCAGCUGCUCGUCGACUUCCACCGGACCUUGAACGACUCGAAGCUCUUUGCGCUCAAGUCCGUGGUCUUCAUGGGCGUUCCACAUGCCGGCCCCCGCCGCAACCUGGGUUUGCGUUCUCGCGUUGUUUCCGCCCUGAGCACGUGGCUGACCAAGGUCGCGUCGUACGUGAUGGAAGGCCUGUCUGAUGGCCUCGUCGAGUUUCUCCACGAAGACCCGGACCGACUUCUCUGCAACGUGGCAGCGGCGGAGGCGCAGCGCGACUACGCCUUCGAUCCGAAGCGCGGAAGUACCUCUGGAUCUCUGCUCUUCAAAUUCGGCGCCGUCGCUUCCUAUGGUCUCCUCGCCGGGGAUCCGGUCGUGUCGACCCGGAGCAGUCUGGGGGUGUACGACGGCCUGGCCGACUCCAAGGCUGCGCAGCUAGUCCGAACAACCGAAGCGUUGCAAAACCGACCGCUGCACGUGCCUCUGAGCAACGCCCCGCUGAACCGAGUCUUGCGCGAGCGCCCCUGGGAUCCGUUGAUUCGUCCUCUGUUGACCACGGAGGAUAUCUGCCGAACGACGAGCACGCCUUCCGAGACGUACGAGCUGACGCUAAAGAUUCUCCAGUUCAGCAACCGGCGGCUGUUGGGCUCCUCCAAGACGGGCACUGAGUCGUCGCCUUCGGCGCGGAGACAGCGAAGUCAGGCACCGACCAGGAACGGCGAUGCUGUUUCAGAGGAACUGCAGGGGAUCCAGGAGACUCGCCGCAAAGGGAUCAAACGCUUCAUAGUGCUUCUGUCGAACGACGGCGCAACUGCGUCCCAAGCGUCGGACAGCAAGAGGAAGAGGUUUCUGAAAGAACUUUGGAUCAUGCGGACCUCUGAAGAUCAACGCUGGCUGCUGGAGAAACAACACGCACUGCUGUCUCACGUCGUACACACCGCUUUGCUCCUGCCCAUGAAUGACAGCAGCUCCGUGGACGAUUUAUGGUGGGACGCCAGUUUGUAG